CCGACUUGUCGAAUCGCAAACCGAGCGAAGACAGUAUCAGGGUCGAUCUCAAAAAAGGUGUCAUAUUCAUCUCUUCUUACUUUAUUGACUCAAUUACAGUGGACGUUCCGUGACUGCUGGAUAAACACAGACAGCAUUAGCCCCCAUUUCCUCUAAUGGCCUCGACGAACACCGGCUCCCUCUUUGGAGGGGGUGGCCUAGGAGCUGCUACGCAAUCAUCGAGUCUCUUUGGGAAUCAACCUGGAACGCCGGGCCUUACAGGUGGAACAAGUUUCGCAAAGCCGUCGCAAGUGCAACAGCAGCCUACUUCGAGCUCGGUCUUUGCACAAGAUCAGGCACAAGCCAAUGCAGCGCCACCGUCCAGCCAGACGACCCAGCCGGCUUUUUUCAACAGUUUACUAGAACGCGGAAAAAAGAGACCAAUCUCUGCAAUUGCUCAAAACGGCAAUUUCGAGGAGCUGCCAAGUCUUCAAUUGGGUCUUGACGACAUUCGCAGAAAAGCUAGGGAACUUGGUGCUGGUGGCUCAAAGGAAUUUCAACCUCAAGUACCACACAGCAAAGCCCAUUAUCUGCUCGCGGCUUCAGGUGUAUCUCCUGGCCACGCCUUGCGGGACCUGAAGGCUUUGGACCCUCAGGCAUCGGUAUCGACACCACUGAGAGAACAAGACACUUUCGACCCAGACAACCAAAAAUUUUUAAAAAACAUACAACAGCGUGGUCGUCAAGUGAUGAUCAAUGAGAGUCUUGCUCGGACCCAGAAAGAUUUUGACUCAUUCUUGGAAGAGAAGGUUGACAUGGACUGGGAGGAACAGCGCCGGAAGAUAUUCCAGCACUUCGGGCUAGCGCAAAAAGACGAUGGCGCUGGCGAUAUAAGAGGUAGCUUUGGACGCACGAUGCGGCGACCUAAACAGUUCGGCCCUGCAUCCACAAACGGCCCUACGCCUUCAGGUCGGCGAAGUGUAUUCGGACGCUCCGCUUUAGAAAAGUCCGUCAUUGGGACCCCAGGAACAGGGACGGCAAGCCUCCGACUCUUCGAAGAUUCUACGGAGCGCAAUGAGGGUGCGGGGGGUCACUCUGAUCUUCGCUUCUUACGAGAGAAAAUGGGCUACUAUGCAGACAAGGUUCGGCAACUCAAUUCUGCUAGGCUACAUACUAGAGCAUUUCCGAUCCUUCAUGAGUUCUCCGAUGUUGAAGGGCAUGCUGGCGGCGAUGUACCUCGACAAUUGUACGAUGCUUAUAGAGCUUUGAUAAGCAUUGUUGGGGAGUCUCCAGAUGCUACCACCAUGAAUGAUCCCUCGGCUCUCGUGGAACGUCAGUUUGCCCAAGAAUACUUAGAUGAGAGCCCAAAUUCGCGCAGAGCAGUAAGUCUGAGAAAACGGAUUGUUGAGGGCUCUAGGUCUUUCCUGGAAAAGCUCUUUUACGACGAGGUUGAAAGUGUGAUUACCAAAAACCCUCGGGAGGCCCAACUCGGUGGCAUACCAACUGUGACCAAUAAGAUUCGUGCCUAUAUUCGGCUCAGAGCGGCACGGAAAGACCUUGCUCCUGAUGGUACGGAGUUGCAGAUGGUUGGCCAGGAUUAUUGCUGGAUUCUCAUUUUCUACCUCCUUCGCUGUGGUUUCGUUACCGAAGCUGCAGAAUACGUGAGCCAGGAUCCCGGUUUUAGGUCUCUAGAUCACAAAUUUGUGACAUAUAUGACUACAUAUGCGCAGAAUCGACGGCUGCCUAGAGAUCUGCAACAAAAGAUCAACGGCGAAUAUCAACAACGAUCUCGCAAUGCGCCUGAUAACACAGUUGAUCCGUACCGUAUGGCUUGCUACAAAAUCAUCGGACGCUGUGAACUUGGCCGCAGGCGCUUAGACGGUAUAAAUCAAAGUGUUGAAGACUGGAUGUGGUUACAGUUCAGUAUGGCUAGGGAAGAUGAUAGAGCGGAGGAGAUUGCCGACGACGUCUUUGGACUCGAAGACAUUCAAACUGAUAUCACGGAGAUUGGUCAGCGAGUAUUUGGAAAAGGCCAAGAGGGGCCCGGAGGCUAUGGAACCUUUUUCUUCCUGCAAAUCUUGGGAGGAAUGUUUGAGCAAGCUGUUUCAUACCUUGGUUCUUAUGCUCCAAUCACAGCUGUGCACUUUGCCAUUGCCUUGGCAUAUUAUGGUGUGUUGCGCGUCUCAGACUUUUACACGUCAGGUGAAGAGAUAUUGUCCUUUACUGUGAAGCAAUACCCACAGAUUAAUUUCGGCUACCUGAUCACGCAAUACACGAGAGAAUUCCGGACGGGAUAUGUGGAAGCGGCCAUUGAUUACUUUACGCUGUUAUGCCUUAACGCCGACCUGCCCGGAGCUCUGGGUAAAUCCCAAGCUUCUGUAUGCCACGAAGCAUUACGAGAAUUCAUCCUCGAGACCAGGGACUUUGCUAAAUUGUUGGGCGACAUCAGGUCAGAUGGAAGCAGAAUCAAGGGACUGAUUGAACAACGUAUUAGCUUGAUCAAACUGGUCGAUCAAGAUGAGUUCCUCAAGACGAUCACUCUGCAAGCAGCAGCUAUCGCUGAUGACAAGGGCCUUAUAACGGACGCGGUCCUGUUGUAUCAUCUUGCCGAGGACUACGACCGCGUCAUUGAUAUCAUCAAUCGAGCGCUAUCUGACGCCGUUGCUGUAGAAUUGGGUGGACCCGCCCUGAAAUUGCAGCCAUUGAGGCCUCGGACCGAUGAACAUGAACUGGAGGCCGGCGGCAGUCUCAGCUUAACAACCGUGGAUAAUCCGGUUAUUCUGGCAAGGAAUAUGAUUGGGUUGUAUAACGCAAAUGCGAUGUAUUACCAACGAAUCCGGCAAGUCAAUCGCGAUGCAUGUGGAUUGUUGCUUAGGAUGAUGGAAGCUAAGGUGGAGGUUGAGGCAGCAAAAUGGACGCCGGCUUUGGAUGCUAUUAAUGAUCUGAGCAUUCUUCCAUUGCGGGCCCGAGGCUCCGUUCCCUACAUUAGGAGCGCUGCCCAAGCCUUCUCGUCCUUCCCCCCAAUAAUUUCCCAUAAUGUCGGCCAUGUGAUCAUGUGGUGUAUCACAUGUAUUGGUCACGAAAGGGAACGGCUGAACUCUGGUACAUAUGAGAACGAGAUUAGGCAGGGACUGGCGGAUGAGUUGCUCGUCAUGGCCAAGGAUUUAAUGAUUUUCUCGGGGAUGGUCAAAUACAAGCUGCCGCCGAAAGUAUAUGAGACGCUGGCGCGAGCUGGAGCAGAGAUCGGCGCUUAUUGAGAAGCCAGCCCAAUAGGAGGUUGCAUUGGGCUUUAGCGCGUUCUUGACUUCUGUAUUGGCUUGUACUCAAGUUAGAUUCCACAUGCAAUUAUUUGUCGGCGACUGAGGUAGAUGCUACAAUAACAC